AUGGACUCCUCCUUGUCAUACCCCAUGCCCGACGGCGUCUACGCCAUUCCCAAAGACGAGCUCGACCUCCGGCCAGAUUCUGAAGUUGAUCAUGAUCUUCUAAACCCCAAACCAAUCUCAAAUGAGAAGAACAUUUGGUUCUUCUGGCAUAGCGGAUUCGACAAAAUGCACGGAUACACUCGGCGCACUGUUCGAAACUGGCACAGAAGAUUUUCGACGAAGGGGUGGGUGGUCCGCGUCUUGGAUUUUGCAGCUGGCUCCCCAUUGAACGUGGAGCAUUACCUCGAUAUUCACGAUUCAGACUGGUUUCCGAAAGCCUUUGCUCAAGGCACCAUUGGAGGCCAUCACGCCUACCAGCACGUCUCAGAUCUUGUGAGAUUUCCCCUCUUACUCAGAUACGGUGGUGUCUAUGCAGACGUGGGCAUGGUUCAAAUCGGGGACUUGGACCACGUUUGGAACGCUACGGUCGGCAACCCGAAUUCACCGUACGAGAUCUUGACCUACAACAUGGGUGGCGUCGAAGAGCGGGGCAUGGCAAACUAUUUUCUGGCCGCUGGGCGAAACAACCCCUUCUUCCUGCGAUGUCAUAAGCUGUUGCUUGCAUUGUGGGCCGCCGAUGGAGGAAAAACUAACACAGAGGGAAUGCAUGCCAGCCCUUUACUUAAAGGCCUGCCAUUGAUGGAUACGGGACUCUCGAUGGAGGAGAAUGGGAGGACAUAUGGACGUGAAGAGACGGCCAGAAUGUUGACAGACUACAUCAUUCAAGGUCAGGUUAUCACCAUGGUCAUGGGACUAAUCGAUGAAGAGGAUGGCUGGAACGGCCCGAAAUAUGUGGCCGAACACAUCUAUGCAUACGAUUAUAUGGUUGGAUCGCAGCUCAUCAACGAAAUAACAGAAUGGAACGGCCCUAAGCAGUUUGAGCUCAUGUCACUGCCCAUUCCUAAACAGGGCGAAACGGAGAGCGACGAUCAAAGGCUCGCACGCAGAAUCGUUGAAGAAGUCCUCUCUAAAAGCUUUGGAAUGAAACUUGCAACAGGCAUGAUCGUGAGAGUCAUGGGCGAAACACUGAGCUCUCUGUGGAGGAACAACGACGGUAGCGAUAACGUUCCAGGAACGUACGCACAUUGGUUGAGAUAUGGUACUCUGUAUUGGUGCCCAAGAAACCAUCCCGCCAAGCUUGAAUUCACAGAGAAGCCGGCCUACAAGGUCGGUCCUUUAUUGCGAGAAGGGGAUGUUGGACCCGGUAUUGGAGUAGAAGCAACUGGUUUCCAUGUACCCAACUGA